UACGGCAGCCGCUGCGCCCUCGCCACCCAGCCCAGAGGGGCUGCCCAUGGAAUCACAGAAUGGGUUGGGAUGGAAGGGACAUCAAAGUCCAUCUGCUUCCAAUCCCCUGCCACGGGCAGGGACAUCUCCCACUGGAUCCAACCUGGCCUGGAACCCCUCCAGGGAUGGGGCAGCCACCACUGCUCUGGGCAACCUGGGCCAGGGCCUCCCCACCCUCACAGCAAAACAUUUCUUCCUAAAAUCCCAUCUCAAUCUCCCCUCUUUCAGCUUAAAAGCUCAUCCUCUCCCUGCCCUCCCUGAUCCAGAGCCCGUCCCCAGCUUUCCAGCACUGGAAGCUGCUCUGAGGUCUCCAGAGCCCUCGUGAAACAGUGGAACUUCACCCUUUCCAAACCUGGCUGGGAAUUGCUCCCUAAAGCCCUGCAUCCUCCUCCCCACAGCCCCAUUCCUGCAUCCCCGCAAAGGGUUUGAGGGCAGAGGGGUCCCCAUGGGGAACACCCCUGGGGUCUGCCUGCAGAAUCAGGCACAUGAAGGGUUAACGCCGAGCUGGAUCAAGAAUCCAGGGAAAACCGAAACUCGGAGAGCCAUUUCUUGGAAAUUUGCUGUCCUGACAUCACCAGGCGCAGUCGCACUCCGGUAGCAUCAAUCUCUUUUGUGUGCGCAGCACUCGGUGAGAAGAAAAUCUUGUUCUUGUUGGACCAGACCCGGGUGGGAUCCGGCACAGCUCUCGCUCCAGCAGCUGCUCCCCCCAGGACAGCCCACCAUGGAAUUUGUCGGUACUGCCGUUGGGUUUACCGUAGGGCUCGGAAUCUCUAUGGCUGCGGUGCCGGCAGCCCUCUAUGUCGUGGGCUUCACCAAAGGAGGAAUUGCAGCCGGAUCCCUGGCCGCCAGGAUGAUGUCUCUCUCUGCCAUCGCCAAUGGUGGCAGGGUGGCUGCCGGCAGCCUGGUGGCCAUAGGGCAGUCACUGGGGGCGGUGGGGCUCCCCGCGGCUGUGAAGACUGCCUUCGUGGCCAUCGGGUCUGUCAUCGGCACUAUCAUCGGCGCUGUCCUGGUGUGACCCCCCACAUCCCCACCGGGACCUUCACCAGUGCCUGCUGCGACCCCCACCUCCCCACCAGGACCCUCACCAAUACCUGCUGUGACCCCGUAUUCCCGCUGGCACCCCCUGCACCUCCCCCCAGGCCCCCCUGCAUCUCCUCUGGGACCCUCAUCAGUGCCUGUCAUGACUCCCCCUCAUCCCACAUCCCCACUGGGACCCCCACAUCCCCACUGGGACACCCCCUCCUUCCCCCCCUGCCCCACACCCCAAUCAGGACCACCCAUAUCUCCACUGGGACCCUCACCAGUGUCUAC